GGUACCAGACAGAACCACGAGCAGCGGAGAGAAGCCGAACAACAGGGCGGAAAACAUGGCUUUAAAAAUCACACUCUUAACGCUGCCGUGUGUGGCGAUGAUGAUGAUGAUGAUGAUGAUGGUUGCUCAGGCUGCUCCUCAGAAGCUUCAGGGAAAAGCUGGAGCUCAUCACAAACCCGCAAACUCUCAUGGAGAAGAUUCUCCGAAAUACUACAUCAUCAGUAACCUGGAACAGGAAAUCAAACCGGCGUCAAUGUCCAUCCGGCCAAUCCACAACGACUCCAUCUCACCCUGGGAAUACAUCUCCACGACCGAUUCGAAUCGGAUUCCGUCUCAGCUGCACGAGGCUCGCUGUCUCCUGACCGGCUGCUUAAACUGGAACGGCGUCGAGACCCUGGAGUUGGAGUCCAGACGGAUUUUCCGGCAGAUUCCGGUCCUGCAGAGAGUCCGCGGAGACGACAAGAACUACUUCUUCAGACUGGAAUAUAAAACCAUCUCGGUGGGCUGCACCUGCGUCCGGCCGUACGUCGAGCAGAUCUGACGCAGAACACGCCGCAGUUCCCCUGGAUUUUUACUAUUGACUCUAUUAUUAUUACUAUUACUAUUAUUAUUAUUAUUAUUAUUUAUUAUGUAUCACCUGCGUACCUUUUAUGAGAUUUGAUUUUAUUUAUUAGUUUAAUAAGAAGCUCAUGCAGAUUUUUCCAGAAUGUGUGUUAGGUCUGUUAUUUAUUCACUGAAGACAUGUCUGAGGAUGGAAAGUG